ACGAAGCUGCAAGAAAGAAAGCAUCAUUGUGUGUUCUCCCCAUCUAGCUGGCAGCGGUUUCGUGACUAGGGUGGGUCCUGGAAUGAUGAUUCGUGAAUUUUCGAUACCUGUGAGGAUCGGCUCGGAGGGAGCGAAGAAGGGGUUUGAACGGUUAGUCCAAUUUCUUGGAUUGGCACGAGAGAGAAGCGCCUGGUUUGUCGCUUUUAGUGAAGCGUGCUUUUCGCUUCUGGACGCUGGAGAUAACUUAAUUUGGGUAUGAGAGUUUAUCUUCGAGGAUAAGGUACUGUGGUUGUGAAAGAUGUGUAGAGCAGUAUCAGAUUGCUGUUAUGCUUAGCCUUUAGAAGAGAUAACCCCAAUUUCCAAGUAAUUUGGGUGGGAAGAAUUGAUUCCAUUAGUAGCAAACCCCUUCUGGGAUUCCGCUGUGGAAGGUGCUUGUGAACUGAAGAUGGAGAUCGAUCGCUGUAUAUAACCUAUGUUUACGAGUUUCUUUUGAUACGAUUCGUGAGUGUGACAGAAGUCCGGCCAUUUCACAAGAGGGUAUGGCAGAAAGAGAGAGGGUAAUGAAGAGAAUAUGAAAGGGAUGAGCUCCAGAAAUAUCAGUGAACAUCUGCCCGCCAUGCAGCCUCGCAGUAAAAAAGGGCAGCAGUGCGACGACAUACAGCCUGAACAUCUUUUGGUACUUGUCCAUGGGAUUCUUUCUAGUCCUGCUGACUGGGAGUAUGUACAAAAAGCGCUUCAGAGGCGCCUGGGGAACAAGUUCCUGAUUCACGCAAGCGCUGUAAACUCGUUCCUGAACACCCUUGGUGGUAUUGAUCAUGCUGGGCGGCGUCUCGCUUCAGAGAUCGAGCGAAUUGUGGAGAAAGUUCCGUCCCUGAAGCGUAUAUCCUUCCUAGCUCAUUCACUAGGCGGUCUUUUUGCACGUUAUGCGGUGGCAAUGUUGUAUACGUCAAAAGAUGAUAUAACUGAAGACAUGAGCACUUUGGAAGAUUUUGAGAGCAGAGGUGAGGAGCAUCCCGUACUUCGUCUUCGCCGAGAACCUAAGAUUGCUGGUUUGGAAGCAGUCAACUACAUUACUCUUGCCAGUCCUCAUUUGGGUGUACGUGGAAAGAAGCAGCUGCCAUUCCUGCUAGGAGUGCAAGUGCUGGAAAAGCUUGCGGCUCCAAUUGCUCCUUUUGUUGUGGGGCGUACAGGAAGACAGCUUUUCUUAACGGACGGCAAGGCCAGUGAUCCUCCUCUGCUUCUGCGCAUGGCCUCGGAUUGCUCAGAGGGUCUUUUUAUAUCUGCGCUGCGCGCCUUCAAGUCGAGAGUGGUAUAUGCGAAUGUCAGCUAUGAUCACAUGGUGGGAUGGCGGACAUCCUCAAUCAGGCGCGAGAGCGAACUUUCCAAGCCUCCCAGGGUCUCCAUGGAUGGUUACAAGCAUGUUGUAAAUGUAGCCUACUAUCCAGCAGUGAACAGCGAUGCACCUAGUUUUCAGCAGGAGUCUGCUCAAGGAAAAGCUGCGGCUCAAGCUUCUCCCAGCAGCAAGAAAGCUGACGCAUAUCAUGACACGCUUGAAGAAGAAAUGGUGCGGGGGUUGCAGCAGGUGAGCUGGCGCAAAGUCGAUGUUAGCUUCCACUCAGCUUUGUGGCCCUUCUUGGCGCACAAUUCUAUAACUGUUAAGGAUAGGUGGAUACAUUAUGAAGGGACAGGAGUGAUAGCGCAUGUGGUUGACGCCUUUGCACAGCAAGAACAGAACGUUUUUCUGGUAGCAAGCUUGUAGUUCCUAAGUCAAGAGGUUCAAAGAAUUGAAAUUGUAUCUAUGACUUCAGAUCUUCACAUAAGAAUAUGUAGUUGUGUGCUAGAUUUUCAUUUAAGUCGCUGUAGUAAAGUAGGUCUCACAAGAAUCUUGAGAUGAUGUGGAAACCAUGAAGGUAUGUGCAAAAUACGGAGCGGAGAGAAAUCUGCCUCAGCAACUAGUGAUCUGGUGAUGGGCUGCUAUUACUGAAAGCGAACUGGAGCAUAGAAAAUGAUGCAAGUGAUAUAGUCAUUUCAGUACUGCUUGUAAAUAUGCAGUCCAAGAUUAAACUCGUACAUGAAGAACAGAUAUUUAUUCAUAUUCGAGUUCAGUUAAAA